AUGGAAAUAUGUGGUGGAGGAAUAGCUGGAAAUGGUGCGAUUGUUAGGCCAUCUUCGCUACCCUCCAAGCAAGCUUCAGAGAAGAUGGAAUUCAUGAAGGGAGGGUGUCGUUUUACUCCGCCCCCCUUCUUGACAAAGACCUUUCAAAUGGUGGAGGAUACAAAGACGAACAAUAUGAUUUCCUGGAAUUCUGACGAUACCAGCCUAAUAGUCUGGGACCAUCUCAAAUUAGCUGCAGAGGGAUUCAGGAAGAUUGGACCGAGGCAAUAUGAAUACGAGAAUAAAUGGUUUCAGAGAGGGCAAGAACAUUUGCUAAUGAACAUUAGAAGGCGAUAUGAUGCAGAUCCAACAAUCAGGAAAAGACGAGGACCGAGGAAACAACACGUAAUGGCUGCGAGGCCUUCAAUGGAGGCAGAGCUGGAAAUUUUCGAGGAUCACAUGAAUGCACUGAAGGAAGAAAUCACGGCUGCGAGGCCUUCAAUGGAGGUAGAGCUGGAAAUUUUCGAGGAUCACAUGAAUGCAUUGAAGGAAGAAAUCACAAGCUCAAACUAUCGAAUGGGGAAACUUGAGAGUAGCAUAGCCACCUUCAAUAAAAAUGUGAAAAGAAUGGAGGCUAAGUCAAAAGCAUUGAUCAAGGUCUUAGCCGGAAAAUUCGGCCCCGCCGUAGUUGAGAAGAUAAUUCAGCGUGUGGAGGAAGAACUAGAACUUGAAACCUUUCAGACCAUGAAGAGAAGAAGAGUGAUUCUACCACAAAGCUCGAAAACCACAACAAAGUCCAUGAAUGAUGGAGCUUGUGGCAUGGACCAAGAUGAUCAGGAGGCAAACACUUCAUUGGCAGAAUCAAAACAACGUGCUGAUCAGAAACUAUGGAAGAAGUUCGUGGGAGAUGAUUCAGUUAGCGAGGAUGAGUCGGAGCAACAACUGUUGAGGCAACACUCAAGGAUUGAUAUGGCUAUUUAG